CCCCCCCCCCACACACACACACAAUGGGCGAGGAGGUGAGACUGCUGGCUCUCCCCGCCGUCUUCCUCACGCUGGUCAUGUUCGUCGUGUUCUGUGACCGAAGGACUCUCCUCCCGCAGGCGUGGACGAAGCCCAAGUUGACCCCGCAGCAGCUGGCGAGUCUCCGGCGCGACCUGAGCUCGCUCUCCUCCAGGAUGCAGGACCUUGAAGCCGGUUCUUCCCGCACGGGCCGCGAACUCCGACUCCUGAAGAAGGUGGCGCAGAAGGUGGAGGACCAGGUCAAGGAGAAGAGAAUCAUCAGGGAUAUGUGCGGCGCCUUCUUCCCCUGCCACAGGAGGAAGCAGCAGCUCCUGCCUCCUGCGUCUCCUACGCUCCUUCUGGGGAGACUGUUGGAGUAG